AGAGCAGCAGAGUGAGGCAGCCCAGUGUUACCCGGAUGGAACUGUCAUGGCCGCCGUCUCUGACCUGCCAGUCUAAAGAGAAAAGAGAGGAUCCAUUGUAAGACAUGGAGGCUACUCCAGAUGACCCACCAAAAAGCCAUGACCAGAACGGGGAUGUUGAGAAAGAUGCUUCAGUCGAUUCAUUGCCACCAUCAAAAGAACUUGCAAAUCAGACAGAAGACACUGCAUAUAAUGACCUUUGUGUCCAAGAUGAAACACAGUCUGGGGAGUCAGGUACUGAUAACUCUCACACAGAGAGCAAGGCCUCAGAGAAAUCGCCAUGUAAGCUCCAACAGGGUGCUAUUUUCUCUGGAAAGAUACUCAGCUUUUGCUGCUCUGAAUGCAAAGGUGAUACCACUUACAGCCCCAAUGACUUGCUGAAACAUUUUCAAGGGGUUCACAAAGGAACACUUCCAACAUAUCCUUGUGAUCUUUGUACCUUUGUUACCAACGAGUUCUCAUCUCUCCAGCGACAUCGCAUUGGACAUCGAGACACUUUGGUCACUUGUGAGAUCUGCAAUGAUGGAGUCCAGUACUCGCUACUUUUGCUGACCAGGCAUUUCAUUAUGUGCCAUAGCUGUAACGGACUGUUUCGCUGUAAGAAGUGUGACUUUUCGACGAGAGAUGCAGGCACUUUUGUUCAGCACAUACAUCAUCACAACGAGGGCAGCCACAAAUGUGUAAAGUGUCCAUCCAUCAGUCCCACACAAGGGAAGGUCCAUUCUGGAAAAGUCCACUCUGGGACAUUCCCUUUCACGUGUCAGUUUUGUGGUUAUGGUGCUGCACGGAGGGAGUAUCUAAGUAAGCAUAUGGCUGUGGCUCAUGGAGAUGAAAUGGAUAGAACAAACAGAUGGAGAUCAAUCGAGGACAAUUCUAGAGUUAAUUCUCCAGGACUGAAACUGCUGCUUAAAAAGAGUCCUCCCGCUGGGGGGUCCAGGGAACCACAGUGGAUGUCAAAGCUGAAUUCGUACCCUGGAGUAGGUCUGCUUGACCACAGUGGCAGAUUGUUUAAUCCUGAAAAAACAUUGGAGGAAACGCAACAAUUUCUUGAAAGAGCUGUGGGUGUGAAAAAAGAGGGCAACAAGUGGAGUAAAGGUCCGCUAAAGAGUGAGCCACAGUGUUCUUAUCCAGUCGCAUCAACUACACCACAGCCAAAGAUGCAAGAAAAUGAACUUGGUGCUGGUUCUGGGAUUCUAGAUCCAGGCAACAACAAUGGGUUGACUGUUCUCAUGGUCAAAAAUAAAAUCUCAAUUCCCCCGAACUGCACCACAAAAGUAAUGGGCUUUAAGAUGGUAGAUGGUAAAAAGCAUUUAGUUUUAAAAGUCAUCCCAACAAAACAGGAACCUACUACCAAAAAUGAGACAUCACCCACAAAUAUUGUUGAAGAUGAUGAAAAGACUGGUCGCUCCCCCUACUCCUCACUGUCUGAAAGAUCAGGAUCUCUUCUCAGUUUAGAUUCUGGAACAAAGAAAGAUGUAUCUUCCUCAGUAAAAACAGACGCGCGUGAUGUAGAAAAUCACAGUGGGGAUCAGUCAUCUUCAUUAGAUGCACAUGAAGCAAAUGUGGACCCAACUUCAAACCAGGCUGAUGAUGAAGUUCUUGAGAUAUCUGAUGCAUCUGUUGCCAAGGCUUCAGCCUCACAUUGUGCUGACUUGUCCACAAUAAACAAAGAGGCAGAUUUUUCGGAAAACCAGUGCAGUGGUUCGGAUUCAGAAAUGAAGUCAUUACAUGAUGAUCACUGUCCACCCCAAUCCACAGCUGAGGAGUCCAAAUCUACACAUUCAGCCUCUAACUCAGUUGAGACAGCACACAUAGACCAAACCAAAGUAAAAGCAGCUCCAUUAGAAACACUUGCCAAACCCACCACAGAUGUAGAUUCAUGUACUGAUCUAUCGUUAUCAGAAUCAGCUGCAGGUGAGCACACUCUUCCUGAAAUUCCAGUAUCGGCAAGUGAUGCCACACAACCAUCAGUGGCAGAUGAGGCCACUCCCCCUCCCGUCUCAGUUAAGUCUCAUAGUAAUUUAGCAGCAAGUAAACAUGUGGAAUCCACUAAAGAUCAUGAUGAAUGUAAGAGACUUACCGAGCAGAGUUCACCUAAAAUUCCGUCCCCCACUUCAGUUCAUUUAGCUAAAGAGAACGAGACCUCUGUUGAUGAUGAAGGUGAGACUUCGUUAUCUGAGAAUGCAGCAACUCUGACCCCCUUUCCAGAUGCAUUGAAUGGUCAGACCUCUCAGCCUAGUUCAGUCACUGAUUCCUGUCCCAGCAAGGAGCUGCUCACAGAUAAUCUGCUCUCAGAUUCAGAUACAAGCCCACAGAAAAAAACAACUGCUAAUGAUUCCUCUGAUGCCAAAGAUGGUCUUGCAGAAGUUGACACUGUUUUGCAAAAUUCCCCAAAUCAGGAAGUUUUUAGUUUUCACAAUUACUCUAAAGAGACUUUUGGCAGUUCGCCUGAUUUUCUGGAUGCUGAUGAACAUUCUCAAGAGGACUUGGAGGAAGACGAGUGUGAAGAUGAUUUUGAUGAACUCAAGCUGGCUUCGGAUUGGAGUUUAACACUACCUGCUUCUCCACCCCUUGUGGAUGAACAGUCUGAAGAAUAUGUCGGAAGUGGGGAAGAAAGCAGUGCAGGUGUUAAUGAGAUAACUUCAGCCAGUGAGAAUAAAUCAUUAGAACGAGUGUCCGAUAGCGACAUAGAGGUUGAUGAGUGCGUAGCUACUGUUGAUGAUUUACCCAUUACAGCGAUGACGGAGACUGACAAGGGAGCAUGUUUAUCAGAGUCGGAGAAAAAGGAAGAGGAUUUUAUGUCUUCUGUGUUAGAAGGUGGUCCUGCAUCUUUGAGUAAUGCUACUGGUUUGGGCAAGGUACUCGAAGAGCAUUCAGAUGCCAUCAUCAGCCAGCAGCUUGAGAAAGAAAAGAUAGUAUCGUCAGCUAUGCUGCAGGAUUCUAACAAGCCUACAAAAACAACACUUCGGAUCCUGCAGAUGCCUGAGGGAAAGAAACAGAUGUUCCUUCAGACUACGGAGACUCCAUAUGCUGUGCCUGUCCAGCUCACCAGUGGCCAAGGCUUCAAGCUUAUUACAAAGUCCUGCGCUUCCAAAGUUAAUGUGUCAUAUGUUAAGCCAGGAAUCGAAAUACCAAGCAAAGGAUCAGGGUUGUCUCUCACACUUAAUGGUGGUAGAAUUGGCAUGUCAGCCCAGAGUUUAAGUGGAGAGGGUAAAGGUCAUGCAUCACUCCUGCAAACAGUGAGCAGCAAUGGAGGCCGCUAUUUUGUCAGUGCUUCUGCCCUGAAAGGGCCUCUUCUCUUAUCAGGUACUGUUAAGUCGCCCUCAGAACAGACAAUAAACGCGCAACCGAUGUGUUAUUUAGUUCAACGACCACUUCCUGUUUCACCAAGUACUGAGUCAACUAGUUCAACCUCAAAGACAGUCCUGACCACUCGCCCAGUAUUGGCUAUGCCUGUGAAAUCAGCUGAUAAAGCAGUUCCUUUGCAAACUGGACGACAGGCAUACUUGGUGAGGUAUAUCUCGCCAGCCAAGUCAAGGAUACUGGUAAAUAGCUCAAAUGAGAAGGGGGCAAACCAGGGCAGCCAAGCAAACGAAGGAGGCAAAAGCAGGGUUUUCCUCAAAAUAGUUAGAAGUCCGAAUGGUACCAGGUUCCUCUCCACUACUCCAUACACUUCAGCCAAAAAGCCACUUUAUGUGGCCGCAAGUUCUCUGCAGUCACCUUACUUACUUAUGUCUUCAGAUUGGUCAGCAGGACUGAAAACCUCCAAUAGUGCUCAUAGCACCGCUCAUAAACUCAUCUCAGCAAAACUUAGAAAUAUUUUACCCCAGUCAGAUAUUCACCCUGAGAACCAAGUUGAGGAUGGCUUAAUAGUGCAGAAAUCCUCAUUUUUGCCCAUGCAUGCCCGUCCACGGAGCCAACGCAAGAGAAGGAGAAGGAUCUUGUUUGCGGAAUCUUUUGAGACCUCUCCUAAAACUAGAAGAAUGUCAACCAAGGCUCUUGCUCAGAAAGAGGCGUCCUCGUUGUGUGAGCCAGUGGCAAAAGAUGUUGAGAGAACACUUAGACUUUCUCCCUUCAGCCCAUUUCAGCAGAUCAAAUGUCCUCGUCAAAACCAGCCAGUAGUGGUGCUAAACCACCCCGACGCUGAUAUUCCUGAGGUGACGAACAUUAUGAAGUCUGUUAACAGAUACAAAGGUGAAGUAAUCAAGGUGGCAUUGUCAGAGAACACAGUCAGAGCCCUGUCUGAGUGGAGUGUCACUGGUCCAGAUGGUACACUGUCAAACACUCCUGGUUUCGGUGCAGGGUCACAAGUCCAGCCAUCAGGGAACAAUGUUAGAGAGCGAUUUAUCUUAAGACUGAAGUUAAAAAAGACAAGAAGAAACAAAUAUGAGGUAGUGAGGUUGCCCUCCAGCACAGGUUCAGAGCAAAUACCAAUGUUUAGUUGUUGGUUUUGUGGCCGAGUGUUUAACAAUCAAGAAGAGUGGAUUGGCCAUGGACAGCGGCAUCUCAUGGAGGCUACAAGAGACUGGAAUAAGCUGUUCUAAUGUAACCACACAGCUCUUGGUUUGGGUCAAAAGCCGUCCUCUGAUGUAGAAAUAUUCUUUAAAAAAAAGUACUGUUAGAUAUACUUAAGCUGUCUAUUUUUUUUCCCAUAGAUAUCCGUUCAGAAGAUUUUUAAUGGAUAGUGUAACAGAAGAAAGUUUGGUACCUGAUACCAAUUUGUAUGUAAAUAUUUUUAACCCAUGUAUAUUGAACUCUAGACCUUUUGUGUAUGUACAUAAUUGAACUGUGAAAACUGGACACACUGUAUGUUUAUACAUGCAAGCAAAAAAGAUCACUGGUAUGAAAGGAAGGUGCUGUCUGUAAUAGACCUAUUUCAAUGCAGUCAGUUAACAGAUUUCUCAGGUAAUUUCAGAAACCAGUUUAUAAAGAGAUCUUUUAUGUUGGCUCAGAAAGCGUCUGAAAAUAUUUUUCAUUUAUGGGUGUGUUUUAAGUUGGCCACACGCAUUAACCGUUGGUAGAGGUCAUAGAGCUUAUUACUUUAGUAAUUUUUUUUUAAAAAUUCCUUCUUACUUAAACAUUUCCCUUUUAAAUCCGAAUCAUAUAAAUGUUCAUUAUGAACACUGGUCAGUUGAUGUAGCUGUAGAAAUAUCUGUGCAAACUUUUAGGUUCCUGUGGAAGCUGUAUUUUUAAAACUGUUAUUUUCAUACACUGUAUGUGUGUAUCUACGUUGUCAUGUUUGUUUUACUGGUGCUAUCCUAUUUUUUUUUAAUCAUGUUAAAACUGACCCAGUGUCACUUUCGUAGCAAUAAUACAUUUCACCCUAGUUUAAACUAUGUUUUAAAUCUUCUGUACAACCCCCCCAGGGAAUAUAGUAUCCAUUUUAGUGUUUCUUUCUCUUUUGCUGUUCUCUUUUUGAAUGAAGAUAAAAAAACAAACGCAAAGCACAGUAAUACUUUCAUGUUUUAUACUUUGCAUGUUCAGAUGCAAACCACCAAUCCACCAAAUGGCCAACCAGACACUAAAUUAAUGUUGUGAUGGGUCUCGUUCUCAUAUACUUGUGUGCCUCAAUCUGCCUCAAAGUUUUUACCAGGCAGUUAUUCUUGUUGUUUGUGUUGAGUUUCUUGUGUGUUUAAGAGGGUUGAGUGGUUAAAUGGCAAUUACUUCAACACAGAUAUUAUUAUUAUUAUUAUUAUUAUUUUUAAUGACUCAAAUUUCAGGCUUUUUAUUGGCAUCCACAGUACUGUUCAGCCAGGUUAAAUGUUUGAACGGUUUAAUUUACAUGAAUUACUACCAAUGUUAAAUAGAAUCUGCUGGUCUAUAUUUGUUACUGAUGACUUAUGCAAACCUAAAAUGUUAAAAUGGACACUUUCUGAACAAGUUCUGCUUUACCUCAGAGUUGGCAGCAUUUACAAUACCAUGUAAAGUAAAAAGGCAGGAAUUUGUGAAGUUAUACCUUUUAACCGUAUCAUUUUUAUUUAAAAUGUUAGCCUUUUGAGCUCCUACAGUUUGCAACGACUUUUAGAUAUUCCUACUCCUCAAUUUUGAAAUAUGACAAUCAUUGUUACAAAGCAGUACAAAGUUUCACUGCUUUGCAUCUUGAUUGCUAUGCCAUUGGUUUUUAAAUGCAUAGUUUGAAAAUUUACUCUCUGUUUAAUGCUUUUCACUCACAGCGCUGCACCCUUUAUUCUGCUCUUGUGAUCCUUCCUUAGAUUACCACUACAUUAUGCCAUCCACAAGUAGAAAGCAUCACCCUCUCACAUGCCAACAUAAUCACAACCAAAUACUUUUUUAAUCAUGAGGCAAAAAAAAAAUCUGUUUGAUGUUUAAUGCUAAUGUCAAACAGGUCGUUUAGGUUUACUGCGAUGUGAAAAACAAAUGUAUUUUUCUAUGCUAAGUGCCUAAAAUGUGACGCACCAGGUCGACACUAUUGUACUGUAUUCACCUCCUUACAGUUCCUCCUUGAAUAAAUGUAAAUACUUUGAAAGAA